AACGCAUCACGAGGCAAAAUAGGUAAAGGGUUUCCACUCGUCGUUAGGUAGCGGUCCAGCUAACUUUACAGCUAACUAUGCCUGGAAAAUGUAGAUUUCAAGAUUCCUGGCUGGCAAAGGACGCUUUUAAGGACUGGCUGUUAAAGGACGCGCAUGACAUUCACUUCGCACGGUGUAGGGCCUGUUGUAAAUCAAUCAAACUUCAGACCAUGGGCGAGGCUGCUCUCACCAGCCACGCAGGGGGAGCUGGCCACAAAGCGGCCGUCCGCAAGCUGCUGGAAGGCAAUUUUAUAAAUGAAGCCGGGCAGAUGAAUGGCAGCAUGGACCGGGCAGAUGACAGCAAGGAGAAUUUGGCCAUCUGUGUCCAGCGGGAAGCCUUGGCCAGAAUAUCGGGCAGAGACUGGUCAGAUCUGAACCACAGCCCUACUACAAACUCCACCUCCCACAAUGCAGAGCAGCAGGAUGUGACAUUUCCUGGUGGCUACAUCUCAGUUCCAGGCGCCUCCAGGCUGGUGAGUCAGCAGCUACAGCUGUCAGACGGAGAUCCUUUAGACAUCUCCAGACUGGAGCACCAGCAGAGGAUGGAGGCUUUGGAGCAGCAGCAGCAGAUGAAGAUCCUGGAGUGGGAGAACAGGAUGAAGGUGGUGGCGUGGGAGCAGGAGCUGGUGAGGGAAAGGCGGAAAGCUGUCCGACAGAAGGAAAAAGCUUUCAGGAUGAAGAAGGCCUACUACAAGGCCAAGCUAAAGAGGCUGGGCGAGGAUGUGCCGCCAUCUUCCUCCAGCAGUGGGGACGAAGAGGAGAAGACGUCCGAUCUGACUGGCUGAUCGAGUUUAACCUCUUUUUCAGGGCUUACUUAACUCUUGUUUGUUUAGUAAUAUGGAAUGGACUGUGUUCCUAAGAGAUUUCUGUUCAAUUUGUAGUCCUGAGAGUUUGUCUCACUCAGAACCUUCUGGUGGCACAUUUCAGCGUCUUCAUAGAGGGCUGAAAUUUGCUCCCCUGAGGGCCAGUCUGCUCCAAACGGGACUCCUCUCUGGGAUUAGUUGGCCUAUGCUAAACCUGUGGGGGAAAAAACCCGGCCUAAUGCACAGGUUGGCUAGAACCUGACUGAGUCUCUGGUUGCCUUUGAUGAAAUUACAAAAGAGGGAAUCUUUUACUGAAUGUACUCCUAACUUUGACUCUUUUAUCUGUAAUUUAUCAUUUCUUUUUAUUUCACUACAUCUUUUGAGUCAUAUUUUCUUUGAAAGUAAAUCCGUACUCUGUUUUUUUAAAUAGAAUAUGCAGGAGUUACCUAAGAGGAAGAAAGGACUUCCUGAAAUGGCUAAUUUUUUUAACUCAUUUUAGCAGUGCAUACUUUAGCUGUGGAUGGACCCCGCCUCUCACCCGAUGCCAGUCCCCCAGCGACCCCAUUGAGAAUAAGCCAUGAAAAAAAAAUGGAUGGAUACUGAAGCUGUUUUCAAUUCAUGAUUCAUUGUGCAUGUUUCAAACAGCUGAAGAUAGAUAAAAGACAAAACCUGACCUCCAACCUCCACAAUUAGUAGGUUGACACCUUUAAUCCACACAUGGUUGUUUUCAAUCCUUCUUAGAGGCUUGAAUAAACCGUUGUACAUGUCUCUGCCUGAACGCUAGCUAAGGGGAAUUUCUCUCAUUCGCACACGUGGGAAAUGCUAACUUUUUUUUUUCUGGCACUGAGUAACGCAACAGUCGUUGGACUGGGUGAAGCUCAGAGCUCUGUGCGAAUCAGUCAACCUCUUUUCAGAAUAGAUGGGGAAGCUAUUGUAUUUGUAUAUGUUUGUGUACAUUUUACCCAAACUGGGACCGUUUUUAAGCAUGCUUUAUGUUGUUGCAUAUAAGAAAACUCUAUACAUGAAAGAAUAUAAGUAAGGAGGGACUGUUCAUAAGUGGCCUUUUUUGUUUUUCUGCAUAAUAUAACAAAGAUUCUUUACAGCAAAAGGCCUUUUGGACUUGAAAUAGGUUAGAAUGUAAGAAUGAGGGCUGCUUUUACCUCCGCACCUCUGAGAAUGAGUGCUGCCCUUUAGAUUAGCUCCAUAAAUUUAAGUAUUUGCUGAUAUAUUGCGAGUGGUAUCGUCAUAGCAAUAUCAACACAGAAAGGCAAAUGUCACCUCAUUUUCAUAACCAGAGAAGUUCUUAAAAGCUAGCAGUAAUAGUUUGACCAACCUGCUGGUUCUGAGGAUAGCUUGUCUGAAAAAAAAAGGCUCUAUUCCUCUCAGUUGGAGCAUAUCUGUGUUUUCGAAUGCAUUUCCCAUUUUUCGUACCUUAUUUUUGUUUUUUUACCUGAGGCCAUACGGCUGCACUAAUCUAACAGAUGAGUUGCACAUUUUUUGUGAGAGGUUGAAGUGUAACGUUUGUGAAAGGACAGGCAAUGCUCUGCCAGCUGGGUGCCGCUGCUGUGAGGUGACUUUAUCAGCUUGGCAGCUGAGCAUGCCUCUGAAUGUGACAGAAUACUUAGAGAGUCGAAACGAAUCAGAGAAAGCUUCUAGAAAAACAAACAUGUCUCCCUGUCAGGAUGUUUCCCAUUUUCGCUGUUUCACUCCUGAACAUGUCUGUUCUCAUGAAUGUGACAUUGCCAAGCUCUUUUCGUUGACGGAAAGAAUAAAAAAUUAAAUCACACACAAGA